GCUUUCUCCAAGCUUUCUCUAAGCACUUUACACAACAAAACUGAUUCUUAUUCGAAUCGCCACACUUGAUAAGCAUUCUGGAGUGAUUCAUUAGUCAGAACUGGACAAAGUUUCCAAUACGUCUUAGCUACCACAUAAACACACCAAUACCAAGAAAAACACACAUGUUUCCCAUUGGUAGAAGAAAUGCAACCCAGUCACGACGUUCUAGCAGGGUUCUAGCAGAGUCCUCACAGAGCUGGAUAUUCUUACAGCACUCUAGCAGAAUUGUUCUACCGUUCUAGCAGGAUUCUGGCAGAACCAGCUCUGCUAGAAUAUUUCGUGACUGGGAAAGCAUGUACCAACACAUUUUUAGUCCUUUUCAAUGCAUAGAGUUAUCUACGUGCGCAUGUAUUGCGUGUUUGUACACGAAGGGUUUUUAGGUUUAAAUUAGUACCCGCCAGCAAAAAUAAAUGGUAAGCUAGUGUGCGUGAGAUCGGGCUUAGUUAGCUCUAUACACCCAUGUAGACGUCUCAAGAUGUGUUUAUUCUAAGCCGGCGUAAACAGCGAAAGUAAGCACUUUUUGUUGCCGUUGCCGAAUUGUCUCCAGCAGCAAAUGAGAUCAUGAAGGACGUCAAAAGUGUAGACGAUCGUGCCUCGCCGGACGGUGCCAAUCAAACGGAUGAGUACAAAAAUGCCGAAUCUUCAAGAUCUCAAAACGUCGAUAGUGCUGUGGUUGAAGCAGCGAAUCCAAAGCCUAUCAAUCUGUUCACCGAUCAACUGAUAGAGGACAUGAUCAAAUGCAAUGUGGGUGCGACGAAGGGAGCUAAGCCGGUGGAAGAGCCCAGUACUAGCAAGGGUGAUCACGAGAAAAAAGAUGCAAAAUUCAAAAAUGCAAAAGUUGUUAAGGGGAAUGCAUCCAGACGUCAACGAGAAAGAAAUUUUGUGAAUUCUCAGAAAAAAGAACCACAAACGGACGGAAAUCUGCCGAAGAAUUGUCUCCGACAGUGUGGCAAGCUGUACAACGCCGAUCGUAGUCAGUAUGUGAAACGUCGACAGGAAGUUGACAGUGGUCAGGGGAAUUUGCUAUACUCUGCAAAGUUCAAGGAAGGUGGAGUGAUGUGGAAGCUGCACGGAGAAGCGGGACUGUUGACAUCGUCCAACGAGUACGUCGCUCAAGUUACGGUCAGACAGCUGGAAGAGCUGGAUCUUGCGACUACGUUCAACUUUGCCAAGGGAAUUCUUAGGAAGAAUCUAAACGUGACAAAAGUUCUGCUCGACGAACAUCAUAUCGAUGUCGAGAAGGUGAAGCAAUCGUGUGAUGAGUAUUUGAAGGGAGUGUUUGCCAAUACGAUUGAUAACGUGCAGAACGCCGAGGACUUGUACCAACUGGAAAGCAUUUUGAAGCUGAACUUACAAGAUGAUCAAAAAAUUAUCACUGCAAUCAAGAAUUACACAUUUAUGUCUGACAAAACGAAGCAAAUUGUCAUGCGGUGCUUUGAUAUGGAGUCCCGUCAAACAACCAGAAACAGGGUCUUCAAUGUGAUCAACUCUUUUUUGGGAGGUUCAAAGCCACGAAGCUGUGUUGACAUUCUACGUGAAAAUGUUCGGUUUGGAAUUGAGUCCCACAAAGCGAAGGCAUUGGAAAUUGCUCCUAGCAUCAUGAGUGUCCAUUUGACCAUGUUGCAAGGCAAACGUGUCCUCUUUGUGACGAGAUACGACUUGAAGCUGUUUUCGGAUAUGAUCAACACCAUGGACAACACGUUGGUAAAGUCGAUGAUGUUCGCUAUGGUCGAUCGAUACUUUCAAAGAAUCAAACAUUUCUCAACGAAUCAGCUGCACCCAGUGCUGCCGUUUACGAACCAAAUAUUUUUCUAUCUCUGUAAAAGCGUAUUGGAUGUAAGUGAGGAAGUUGCUGCGAAAACGUCAACAAAGAAAAUUUUGCACUACGAUGCUGCAACAGGUUGGCGGAAGAACGUAUUCAAUAGCAGAUUAAAGUCUUCAGCCCUGGACAAAUGCCUUGAUCACGAACUGAAUCUACUGCUCAUGUUGCUCAACCACUUCGAAGUGGGAAGGCCAACCUCCAGCGAACGAUUCCCGUACAAGUUCAAGAUCUUUGAAAACAUCGAAUCAAACCCAGAAUACAAACAAGUCAUCGAACAUGCCAACAAAGCAUUCGGACAUCAGCACAACAAAAAAUCAACAGUGCUGCCAGACGAGCUGCACGUGUGGAUCUGCCUGCUGGACGACACCAUUGCGCAGUUCUUCUCCAACGACGAACACAUCGUGAAGCUGAGCUCGGCGCUGCUCAAGCUUUACAUGAACUACUCGCUGUCCGGCCAAAUGUCGCUGGAUUCGCUCGAGUCCCUUCGGGUGAUCACCCACAACACGAUCCGCUUCGUAGCGCAAGCUGGCCCGUUUGUUCAUCCGAAGAACGAACAGGACAACUACAUCAUCAUGAAGCAGAUCGGCUACAUGAACCGGGCAUCGCUCGAGGGCCGCAUGUCCUUCACGGACUAUCGUGACUUGAUCGAGGUGUUUGCUCAGUACUGGAAACAGCGCAGUGAUGCCAUCGACGGGUUGGAGGCCAAACUGCCGGGAGAUUGCUUCAAGCACGAGGUGGAGGCCGUUCAAUCGCUGCUCAUGCAGUGCUUGGCCGGGGCGCUGGACAAGAACGUCAAGCUGGCGGAUCUGAUCAGCUUUUGCCGCGUGUACGAGGAGCUGCUCGUCGAUGUUCACAAUCUCCCGCUGGACUGGUUCGUGAGGAUGCCAACGACGGACUGUGCGGAUAUCUUUCUGCGGAAGGGAGUUAUCAGCGUCGUGGAAAACAAGUGGAAGGACAGCGAUCAGCAGUGCUAUCGGGUGAAGGACUUUGAAAAGUUUGAACGAGUGUACCAGGUGUUGUUUGAGGAUGUUGAACUACCACGCAACUACUUGGUUGAGACAAUCAAGGCACUGUUGAAGUGCAUCAACAGUAUGGAGGAGAAGAAGCACUGGAAAGGUGGUCUUGUACUCACAGAGUCGGAUCAGUUGAUCGCAACAGGGCUUUUGAUAACCUCAGUCAGAAAGUCUCUGUUGUACCUCAAAGAACAAGCGGAUUACAUCAGUUUCGAUCGGUUCCUAGAGGAAAACACCAAACCUUUUGUUGCCGUAUCAAACGAUAGCAGCUCCUUCGAGGAUUUUAAAAAGAGAAUCACCCUAAUCAAGGAGUCUUACUGGUACAUCAGAAAUCUCAACGUGAUCGACAUCGAUACUGCGUUGAAGCUUUUCAGAGAAAGUAACGAGUCUGACUUCAACGAGGAGUAUCUGCGUCUGUUCUACCGCAAGUACAGUGAACAGUUUGAAAAGUACAUGACCCAAAAUGACACUCUUGAAACGACGGCAAGAAUUGCUCCGAUUGUCGCCGAAGUAAAACGCCAGAAACGACACAAUCACGCUGAAAAGUGGAAUGUCGACUUUAAAUUCAACAUAUUGCCAGUGUUGUUAGCUGGACUGAGUGCGGUUUGGUCGCUGCACGUUUCAAAGGACGUAGCCAGUUCCGGCCAAUAUCUGAAGCCUCACUGCAUUCAGAUUCUCUGUGUCUCACGGCUGCUUAGUGCGGAAAAAGUGACUCCGGGUGUUCGGAAGCAUUUGGCCCAGGUGUUGACCGGGCAGGGCAAAUCGCUGGUUCUUGCGCUGGUGGCGGCUAUUUUGGCCCUUUGUGGACAUUCUGUGCAGGUCAUGUGCUACAGUAAAUACCUGGCGACAAGGGAUGAGAAAGAUUUCGAAGAGUUUUAUAAUUAUUUUGAUAUUCGUUGGAACAUAACUUAUCAGACAUUUGGUCAAGCAGCAGGAGAGCAUUUUGAAAUCGUAGCUGGGAAUGCCAAAAAGUACGUUCACCGUUGUAUUGGACUACCGAAAGCAGCUAAAUUGUACGGAAACAUUAGACCAAAUCCAGUUUUACUAAUUGACGAAGUUGAUGUAUUUUUUGAUGAUAAGCUUUAUGGAGAAAAUAGGGGCAUUGGAUCGUUUCCAAGUGUCUCCGGUUUAGAUAAAAUACAAUUUAAAAUAUGGGAACUUGUAAAACAGCGAGCUUCAAAUAUUCGACAAUCAGUUGACUUUUUUAUAAAUUUCAGCGCCUGUACUGAUAGCACUGAGUUCAAUCACUUGAUGGAUAAGUCUGGGCAGUACUCUUUACUUACAUCAGGGAAUAAUGAGUGUACUAUAAAACAUUAUUCAAACGCUACUCUAUUUUCAUCGCACCUUGACGAGAUGAUAUCAACAGCUGAAAAAGUUUACAACAUGAAGAAUGAUGAUAGUUUUCUAAAUCAAUACCAAUUAAAUAGAUUUGGUAAUAUAACUAAGAAAAAAAGUUUUGGAAACUACAGCGAAACUACCUUCUAUGGAUAUUAUAACACAUUUAUUUAUUUUCGUUUAAAACAAACAGACUUUGAGCAGGGAAAGUCCAACUUUGGAUACUUUAAUUUUCACUUGGGAAGCAUAUCUUACGCCAAACUCCCCGAAAAUUUCCCGUUGAUCCUAGGCGUGUCGGGAACCCUUACAACCCUAAGCAGCUACGAAAAAAAGGUCGUCAAAGAUCACUACAACAUAACGGACCUGUCAGUGAUGCCAUCGUUCUUCGGCGGAUCCAACCUCAAGUUCAACGAAACGCAAGAUUUCAGCUGUUUGAACAGCGUCAACGAGUGGAUGAACGCCAUCUUUGGCCGGAUCAACAUGAUGGUCUACGCGAGAAGAUCGGUUCUGGUCGUGUUCGACACCGACCUCAAGAUCAACGCCUUCAAGCAGCAAUUCGCGGCCCAGCUGGAUCGGCUGAACGUGCUGACCAUUGAUACGGAUCCCGCCGACAAGGAACGCUUCAUCAACGAUGCCGGGGUGAGUCGGACGAUCACGCUGGCGACUCGGGAGAUGGGUCGGGGUGUGGAUUACAAGUCGAGUGUGGCGGUUGAGAGCAAUGGAGGAGUGCACGUCAUUCAGACCUUCUUUUCGGUGGACGUCAAGGAGGAAACGCAGAUUAAGGGCCGCACUGCCAGGAAGGACAAUCGGGGUAGUUACGAGCUGAUUGUUUGCAUCGAUCAUUUGCAGAGUGAAGAUUUGGUGGACAAAACUGUUCAUUUUUCGAUGGUGUCGUAUACGCAAUUAAACACACGUAGAAAUGAACAGCUAUUGUCGAAAGAGGCGAAAAGGGAUGCGAAACUUAAAAUUGCUAAUGAAAAGCAUGACGUCACGGCUAAAUUUUAUAAGGAUUUAUGAGUAAAGAUUAAGUUUAUCCGAGCAUUAAACAAACAAAAAAAAAGCUGUUUAAAAUAAAUACGUAAUAUCAAUA